AUGGCUAUACGAAAUCCAAGAUUACCGCUUUUACCCGGUUAUGGGUCUGCCCCGUUGAUCGGCAAGAAGAGCUUCGGCGUGCGGCCGGUGUUCACGACGAUCGACGGUGUGAACAUGCUGGUUGACAAAGCGGAGGGUGAUAAUCGCGUGCCCUCGCUCUACUGUCGCAAGCAGGCCGCCGACCAGCCCACCUGGAUCAUGUAUGACAAACACAUCCUGCGCUUCCAAGCGUACUUCCAACAAUCGCUGCACGAGAUGCGGUCAGGGUCGCACGUGGUACGCAAGGUGGACAUCUACUUCUACCUCGAGGAUGGCACAAUCAAGGUCAUGGAGCCGAGGACCGACAAUAGCGGGUUGAUGCAAGGUUUAAUGAUCAGCCGUCAGAGGAUACGCCUCCCGCACAGCUACGACUUGUACCACGACGUUCUUGACUUAAACGUUGGCCGGGAGGUCACUUUCUUUGGUAAAGUGUUUAAGAUCGUAAACUGCGAUAACUUCACCAGGGUCUACCUGAAUAGACUUGGAAUUAAUGUGCCUGACCCUAUUCCAUGGCCCGAUGCUCCAGAAAUAUUGCCAGAAACACGCAAGCCGGCGAAACACUGGCCGUUUAAGCAAUUCCUUGAGCUGGAUAGACAAGUCUUGCGAUUCUAUGGUUAUUGGGAUGACCGUGACUCCGAGUUCGGUACGAUACAUCAGAUGGAGAUUCACUACUAUUUGGCCGAUGAUACCAUUGAGAUCAAGGAGAUUCUACCACCCAACUCCGGCAUGGAAGCCGGUCCCAUGUUUAUGAAGAGAAUGCGUUUGCCAAGAAAAAUGCCUCCACACGUGGAAAUGACGGGAGGUCCACCGAUCCCUUCAUACUCACCUGCAGACCUCAGCAUCGGUGCUGUUCUCAACGUAUUCGGCCGUAAGGUUGUAGUGACAGACUGCGACCCUUUCACCAAGGAAUACUAUCGCGUUACUUACGGUUUUGACGCCUUUACACCGCUUGAUGUUCCAAAGGACAAAAGUUUUGAAUGUAUCAGCUCAAAUAUGGCUGAACGUGAACUUCCUCCUUGGAAUGGCUACGGUUCUUAUGAGGAUUCAGCAGAGAACUGCCGAACUGUCGAACCUAAACCUCCGCACAGGGACUUUAUGAAGUUUCUGCAUAAAGACAAAGUAGGGUUUGAUUCUCACGUACUUCGUUUCUCUGCUCGUCUGAUCAACGAUAAUCCAGUAGAUAAAUGGCGGUACUUCAUUAUAAAAUACUACUUAUGCGAUGAUACCAUUGGCAUCUUUGAACUUGGUGAACGUAACUCUGGGUUCUUGGGUGGAAAAUUCUUCCGUCGGGAUAAAAUGUAUCUUCCCGAUGUGGAGUUCUACGUGCCCAACGAACCUCCGGCAUACACCGAUAAGGACAUGUGGAUUGGUAACGAGGUGGUCAUCAACAAACAUCGGUUCCGACUCGUCGGCGCUGAUGAAUAUGCUUUACGAUACCUGGAAAUCAAUGCUAAAGACUAUCCAAAGGCAAAUAUCGCAGUGAUAAUGGACAAGAUUCGUCGCACAUUGGCGUCUCAAGAAAAUGGUUACAAGAACUUCGUAGCCAAAUACAUGGAUGCGGUUUUGCCAAAUGACAAGAACCUUAUGACCGUGGCGUGUUUCAAGCAAGCUUUGAAAGAAGUUAUGUGUGAGAAAAUGACAGAGCACGAAUUUAUAACAUUGAUUCGGUAUUUCCGCGGAGACCCUGGCAAAGAGAAGAGUCCACGUCGAGAGAUGAUCAGGUCUCUGGUAUUCACCGCGUUAACCCGAGGUCUGUGGGACGACCGCGCUCGUCUCCGUGAGGGGUUGCUGCACGCUGACGAGAACAACUCCGGCAAACUGUCCAUGCACCGGCUGCGACAAAUCCUGCGCGCCAACCGGCUGCCACUGAGCGAAGAUCUUAUGGACUGCAUGCUCAAUGUGCUGGACAGAGAUGAGCAGUGUAACAUCAGAUGGGAGGACUUGUUGGCCUUCCUCGACUUCCAAACUCGUCCCGUGUAUAACCUCUGCGAUGAAGAUUAUGAAAAAAUCGUGCGCCAUGCUCCGCCACUCAAGGAUAUUGAGUGCAAGAUCUGGACAGAAAUGGAAUUAGAGAUACAUGACGGCUUCGUAAACUGGAGCGCAUUCCUGUGCCAGCUCAACUUGGAUCACCUAGUCAAAGAUCAGUCUUAAAUGAAUAGGUAGGUCGUCUGAUUAGAGUCGACGGAUUUCAGAAGCGAAGAGUAGUUUUAGAUGGUGUCAUAUGACAACUUUUUAGCCUAGUGCUCACAAAAAUUACGUUUGAUAACACUAUUGAGUUUGAUUUUAUAAUAUCUUCAUUGUAAUCACGUGUCGUAUUUAAUAAUAAAAGUCUAGUUUCUGU